GGCGCCCAUGGAGCAGGCCGGACCCUCGGGCGCCCCGGACGCCUGGGUGGGCAGCCACCCCAAGUAUGUGGAAAUGAUGGAGCUGGGCAUCGGAGACGCCGCCCAGGUGUACACCGCCUUCCUGGUGUACCUGGAUCUCAUGGAGAGUAAAGGCUGGCACGAGGUCCGCUGCGAGGGGCUUCCCGAGCUGCAGCUCAUCUGCCUGGUGGGCACGGAGCUGGCGGGGGAAGGCCCGCAGACCGUGGUACCUGCAUCCGUCUGUGCAUCGCUCAGUCACAACAGGAUUCGGGAGAUCUUGAAGGCAUCUCGGCGGUUUCAGGGGGACCCCGAGUCACCCGCGUCCUUCACCCUGGCCAUCGUGGAAUCCGACUCGACCAUCGUCUACUACAGACUCACCGAUGGCUUCAUGCUGCCUGACCCUCAGAACAUAACCCUUAGGAGGUGACGCCAACUGACAUCUGACUCACCCAGUCUUCACGGUACGGGAGCAAGCAGCCAUCACUGGGGAACUGUUCGGACCCAGAUGGUCACUGGAC